UGCUCAUGCUAUGCGAUUGGCUGUGCUUAUCAGACGGUUCAGGGCUUAUUGGCUCCUUAAACAGAUUCUUUGAGCCAUUGGAGAAGAGAAGACAGGAAUUUAAGGUAAGAAUAAAGUGGUCCACAUUUAUUCUAGGUCACAUUUAUGUAAACAUUUCUGGGCCGGUAACCAAAAAGCGAUGUUAUUUCAUAUUCUAAUCCAUGACUGAAUGUGUGGAUGUUGUUUUUACCCCAGUUUGAUCUGGUUUAGGUAAUGGUUUGCUGCAUAUGUUAGAAAGACUGGAAACUCUAUAGAGGCACGAUGAACAAAACAAUGAGAAUCAAACACUUCUGGAUUUGGAUUUUCUGUGACAUCAUCUACAGUAACAACAGAAGUUGUAUUUCUACUUCUUUGAUGAAAAUGACAGCUGCUUGUUUCAUGUAACACACUUGCACGUUAAAAGUGUCGUAUGUGUUAUGAAAGCAGAUGGCCUUGAGCGCGGCUGACAGAGCCAUAGGGGCCAUCGUUGGGGCAGCAGUGGCAGAUGCAGCAGGUAGGAUAAAGUGCACGUGUCGCCUACAGCAGGCAGUAAAACACAAACCCUUCCACAGUCCCACUUCAACUUUCAAAGCUGCAAAAUCUGCAGCUUAUGAAAAAUUCUGUCUGAUGAUUUUCCCUUAAAAAAAUUGCUGUUUAAACACUUUUUGCUUAUGUUGAAGGUUUUUUUGGGACAGGUUAUUAAAAAAUAUGCCUUAUCAGUAGAUGGUUGUUUUAACAACACUUUCAUGGAAUGUUUUAUGGCAGUUUAUGCAAAAUCUAUUUUAUUAUCUUUAUAUUUUUUAUUUCUUAUUUCUUUGUUAUUAUGACAGAAAUGCUUUUCAAAUCCCAGCCAGAGGUGCUGCCGGUUGAACUGCCAUGAAAUGUUCGCGUCUACAAUAGUAUUAAUAAUUAUUUUACAACUGGGCUCACUCAGGCCAACCAUUACUUCAUCAGAACUGAUCUCUGUUUCUCCAAACCGAGUUUGUCCACAGAGCUAUCUGCAACAGCCCAGCCAAUGCACUGGAUCUACAACCCAGACCGGUUGAAAGAAGUCCUCUCGGAUCUGGAGCCCUGUCCAGAGUUUCGGUCCGAGUCAGCAAAUCCUUUCUACCGCAGGACGACGGGCGAGCAGACCUGCUAUGGAGACCAGGCCUACGUCCUGCUAGAGUCACUGAGUCAGUGUGGAGAUGUUGACCUUCAAGACCUCACUAAACGCUUCUAUGAGUUCUUUGGGCCAGGAACGGCGUACGAUCUGCCUCUCAAUGACCCUUACAGGGAAAAAGGAGGUCCCAAAGCCAUCCUUCCCAUCGACGGCCCAUGGAGGAAUGCCAGCCUGAAGGCUUUCAUCAGAAAUGUUGAUGCUGGCAAGGAAGAAACCGGCUGUGAUGUGGACUGUCAAAUGGACGGCAUCACGAAGAUCGCUCCAGUCGUGUCCAUGUUUGCUGGGCGUCCACAGAUGCUGGAGAAGGUGGAGGAAGUCAUCCGGGUCACCCAGAACAACGACAUGUGUGUGGCCGUUACUAUGGCCGCAGCAAGGUUUCUUGAACACUUCAUUCUGAAUGGUCCUGAUCCAGAUGUUCUGGAAACAGUUCUCAACCAGCUGAAUGACCCAAAGAGACAGAACCCACAGGAUCUGGACAGGGCUGUCACGGCACAAAUCCACCAGGUGAAGGACAACUUAUCCAAAGCAUCCCAUCAGCUCAUACCUGCUGUGUUCACUAACACAUGAGCUUUGCCAGGUGCAUUCCAAGGAGCGCUUCAUGGAGUCCUGACUCACAACCAGCUGGACGAGGCUGUGAGGGACACCAUGCGCUGCGGGGGGUGCACCGCCAGCCGAGCCUCCUUCAUAGGCGCCUGUUUAGGGGCACAGAGCGGUCUCCAGGGAAUCCCAGAACCAUGGAGGAACAAGACUCUCAGAUACCCUCUGCUGUUGGAGCUGGCUGCAAAUGUGACCAAAGAACUCAGCAGCUGUAAUUCGGAUUAAACUAAACUCUAGAUGCUAUCAAGUGUUUGUGAAACAUAGAUAAGUUUGACACAGCAGCCCAUGACAGUUACAUUCUAAAGUCUGAGUGAAACUUGAAUUUCCUUGCUAUGUCAAAAUGUGAUUAUGUGAGAAAAUGAAAUUAAUCCCAUUUGAUUUUCAAAUUAAAAACAUUUGUGUCUGUUU